AUGGCCGCCUCCCACGCUUCCGACCGCAGCGCCCUCACAAAGCGCAUCCUCCCCGAAAUGACCCUCUCCCAGGGCCGCUCCCCCGCCUCCGAAGCCCGCAUCGACUCUCUCCACCCCGCCGCCCGCGCCUCCGCAGCCGGCCGCUUCAGCAUCGCCGGCAACGCCGUUAUCACGGGCGGUACCGGCGCCAUUGCCAUGGUUGUGUCCAGAGCGGUGCUCCAGCAUGGGGCUUCAGGCCUGAUGCUGUUCGAUCUCAAUGUCGAUGCAUCGCGGGCGGCCAUACAGGCUCUACAGGACGAGUUCCCGGACGCAAAGAUCGAGGCUCGUGAAGUUGAUGUCACGGAUGAAGAAGCCGUAACAAAGGCCAUCGACCAAACAGUCGAAACGCUGGGCUCAGUCGACAUGCUAGUCUGUCUCGCCGGCAUCGUGGGAUGCGCACACGCCCUAGACAUGCCCAUCUCGCAAUGGCGACGAGUCCUCGACGUCAACACCACAGGAGCCUUUAUCUGCGCCCGCGCAGCAGCACGAACAAUGGUUUUACGAGGCAACGGCGGCAGAAUCAUCUUCACGGCGUCGAUAUCCGCGCACAGAGUGAACUUCCCGCAGCCGCAGGUUGCUUACAAUGCCAGCAAGGGGGCGUUGCUGAUGCUCAAGAGCUCGCUGGCGGCGGAGUGGGCGCAAUACGGCAUCACGGUGAACAGCAUCAGUCCGGGAUACAUGGAUACGGUGCUGAAUGAGGGAGAGGGACUGGCUGCCGCACGAAAGAUUUGGAACGAAAGGAAUCCGUCCGGCAGGAUGGGGUUGCCGGAGGAGCUGGCUGGGGUUGUGGUGAUGAUGUUGAGUAGGGCUGGGUCUUAUAUGAACGGAGCGGAUGUUGUUGUGGAUGGGGGAGGACAUGUGUUUUGA